ACGAUCAAGGUUAAUUAAGAUUAAGGUUUGAACGCUUCAAGGCUUCAAUCAUUUCUUCUAUAAAUUUGUUGCAUGUUCAUACUCUCUUUAGAUCCUACCUUCCUAUUCUCUUACAAAAUUUUUCUUCCAAACGAUAAUACACCAACACAAUGAAGCAAAAGGUGGUGAUCAGAGUGGACAUGUCUGAUCCCAAGAAGUCCAAGGCCAAAGCCAUAAAGACUGCAGCUAGUAUCCCAGGGGUAGAAUCAGUAGCAAUAAAAGGCGAUAGCACGGAUAUGCUAGAGGUGGUCGGAAAUGAAAUAGAUACCGUCGAACUCACUAAUUUGUUGAGAAAGAAUGUGGGGGGUGCAGAUUUAAUCAGUGUUGUCCCGGCCGAAGAUAAGGUGAAGAAGCCUGUUUGCUCUAAUUGCUCCAUUAUGUGAUUAGCCGACUGCUGAAAGUGUAUAAAUGAUCUGUCUUACUUUGAUUUUUCUUCAAAAUGGCCGUCUUCAGAGUUUGAAUUCAUGAAAAAAGUAGACACUUGAGCAUAACGUCAAAUAGUACCUACCUGUACUUAGUAACUGCAGUAGAUUGUUCUAUUUCAAAAUUAAUGUAUUCGCUUAUUCUUGUGAUUUUUCAAUAUAAAUGUAGCCAGAUAUUCAGUUCUA